AUGUCUUUGCCUAGAAAUACAACGAAUGAAAUUUGUAAUUAUAUAAAAGAGCAUAGUACUCAAUUAUUUGGUCAUAAAUUUUGGAAUGUUAGAGUAUGCUAUUAUUUAAGUUUUUCAUUAAAACCAGAAAAAUUGGAUAAUAAAUUUUUUGUUAUAUCCAAAUUUCGCUUAUUUUUAGUUAACGGAAAAACUUCUACAUCAUUGAAAAUUGAAAAAUCUUUUAACAUUUUAUGUAUUCGAGCUAUAAAUAUUUUAUCAAAUAAUCAAUUAUCAAUUUCAUUUGAAGAAGGUGGUUCUAUUAAGAAGUAUUAUAUAAAGACGGAUGAAGGAUUAACAGAAAAAGAAAUUCAAUUACAUAUCUUAGGUUCAUUGAAACAUUAUUUUCCUACAAUUGGACCAUGUAUUAAUAAUUUUAUUGAAUUAGAAAAAAAUUGGGAUACUGAUUAUGAUAAAUUACCUAAUUGUUAUCCAUAUUUACCAUGUAAUGAUUUUAGAAAAUCUUAUGCAGCUAUAUGUGAUUUAUAUGAUCAGCAAGUUAAAGAAGAAGUUAUUUGGGAUAUAGAAAAAAUUUAUGCUGCUUCAUCUAUUAGUAUUUUAAGGUUAGAAGAUUUUACUCAUUUAUCAUCAAAAGAUAUUGCUGCAAUUGUUUCUGUAGCACAAUUUUCUUCUUUUUUUAAUGGUAUAUCUGUUGAUUCUGUUAAACUUACAAAUGAAAUUAUUGAUGCUAUUCUUUGUGUUGUUAGACGAUCACCAUAUUUAAAAACAUUAAUAUUAAAAUCAUGUGGUUUGACAAAAGAUUUUUUAAAUACAUUAUCAGCUUAUAUAAGGCAAAAUAAUUAUUGUCAAAUAGAAACUUUGGAUUUAUCUGGAAAUAUUAUUGAUGAUAAGAAAAUUUUUUCAUUAUUUGGUGGAAGUAUAGCAACAUUAUCUGAUACAAUAAAAUAUUUAAAUUUUGGUAAUUGUAUUCAUGAAAAAUCAUUGGAUCAUUUCUGUAGUAAUGUAAUAAAAAAUUUACAAGAAGGUAUACAUUUAAAUAUAAAUGAAUUAAUUUUAUCAAAUAACUAUUUAAAAGAUGAUGUGAAGGAGUUUUGUAACUUUUUAACAUAUUGUCCUAAAUUAAGAGUAUUAGAUUUGUCGGAUACACAAUUUCCACUUGAAAAACUUUUUACAAUAAUUAGUUCAACUAAUUUAAUUCAUUCAUUGGAAAAUCUUAUAUUAUCAAAUACCACAAUAAGUAAAAAAAGUAAAGAAAAUACUACAGAAAUUAAAGAAUUAUUUUCAAAAUUUUCAUCUUUAAAAGUUCUUUCAUUUGCUUAUUCAUCAAUUCCUUCUGAAAUUUGGACAGCAAUUAUAACAGCUGGAGCUGUUGAAAAAGGUUCCUCUGUUUUAAAAUGUCAUAUGGAUCAAUUAAAAUUUGUAACUGAACUUAAUUUAAGAGAUAAUAAUUUAGAAAGUGACUGGAUUCAAAUUAUUGCCGCUACGGGUAGAAUGCCAAUUCUAAGAAAAUUAGACAUUGGUGGUUCAACAUUUUUACAUUUAAAAAAAGGAUCAAAACAAAGUUUAAAUGUGUUGUCAGAUACACUUUUAGAAUUAACAAAAAUUAUAUCAGAUGAUUUUUCAAAUUUAGAAGAACUUAUAAUUAGUGAUUCUCUUCAAGUUAAUACUUCAUUAAAAACUUUGUUACUUGAUAGAAAUCAAAUUUCUCUUGAAGGAUUUAUUGAUAUUAUGAAUGGAUUACAUUUAAAUCACCAAUUACUAUCAAUACCAUAUCCUAUUUACGAUGUUACUGAAGCUAUGAAUAAACCUGAUAAAGCAAAAGUAAUCUCAGUUAUUUAUCAAAUUGAAGAUCUUUUAGCUAGAAAUCGCAUGAAAAAAGAAAAAGAAAUGUUAAAAUGUCAUGUUACAUUUAGAAGAUUUCAGCACAAAAUGUCAUAUCUUGUUGGAGAUUUAAAUGAAGAAAAAAAAGAUAUACUUUACCAUUUAUCAGAUGUUAUUCCAUCUGUUAAAAAAUUUAAUUUAGAUGAUCAUAGUACUAUUGUUAAUAAUAACAUAGAAAAAUUUAUAGAAGCAAUAAUUCCUUUAUAUGAAAAAGAAUCUCUAUGUUCAUUAGAUAAAUUAAAACAGGUUAUACAUUAUGACUAUGGCUUUAAUGGAAAAGUAAAAAAUAAUCCAGUUAAAGAAUUUAAAUGGCACAAUGUUGGAGAUAUGUGUGAAGAAUUUAUGGAUAUGCUUGAAAAUUUAAGACCUAAUCCAGAUUAUGAAAUGCUUAGAAGAAAUGGAUGUUCUACACCACUAGUAAUGCCUAGUAUAAGAAAUAAUUCAUUAGGUAAAAAUACAAAAAUGAUUGAUAAAUCAAAUGAAAAUUCUCAAUCUUUGACUCUCCUUCCUGUAUCAUCUCCAUUACCUAAUUUAAAUCAAGGAAGACCAAAAGCACCAAGAAACUUAAAAAAUAAAAAGAAUAAUGAAAUGUCAUCAUCAUAUAAAGAUAGUAAUGUAGGUGAUCAAGAUAUUGCAUCACCAUCAUUUGGAAGGCACGCUUUCUUGUCUCUUAGUCAAACAUCAAAUGAAAAUGAUAAUGUUCCAGUGUUGCCUCCUUUAUCAUCAACAAAUACAACAUCUUCACCUGUUGAUUCACAAUUGUCAUUAACAGAAGAUGGUAUGACAAAUUCCUCAAUAUCACAUUCAUCAAAUUCUCUUACAAGAAACUUAAAUCAAACAACAAAAUAUCCUUUAACACCUCCACCAUUACUUCCAAGAUUUUCAAAAGGAUCACUUGGACAACAUCAUCCACCCCAAUUACCACCAAAACCAGGAAAUCUAUUUGGAACAAAAACAUCUACAGAUGUAGAAGAAUAA